GAUACAUAUAUACAUAACUAGUAUAGUUAGUGUUUUAGUUAUAGUAUUUUUGUUGGUCAUACCGCGCCAAGGGGAGCAAAAGAGAACAAAAAGCCUAAUUUCGCCGACGAGAAGAAAACGAUGCCGGAGCUACCGGAGGUAGAGGCGGCGAGGAGAGCAAUAGAGGAAAAUUGUCUUGGAAAGAAGAUAAAGCGAGUCAUCAUCGCCGACGACACCAAAGUGAUCGAUGGAAUCUUGCCGUCCGAUUUCGAAAACUCAAUCCUCGGCAAAACCAUCGUCUCUGCUCGCCGAAAGGGCAAAAACCUCUGGCUCGAGUUAGAUUCCCCGCCAUUCCCUUCUUUCCAAUUCGGUAUGGCUGGUGCUAUUUAUAUCAAAGGCGUUGCAGUUACUAAGUAUAAGAGGUCUGCUGUAAAGGACACAGAGGAGUGGCCAUCUAAGUACUCAAAGUUCUUCGUCGAGCUUGAUGAUGGUCUGGAGCUUUCAUUUACUGAUAAGAGGAGAUUUGCCAAAGUUCGACUUCUAGCAAAUCCAACUUCUGUGCGUCCGAUAUCAGAGCUUGGUCCUGAUGCAUUAUUGGAGCCUAUGACAGUUGAGGAAUUUGCUGAAAGCUUAGCUAAAAAGAAAAUAACCAUAAAACCUCUACUCCUUGAUCAGGGUUUUGUUUCAGGUAUUGGGAAUUGGAUCGCUGAUGAAGUGCUGUACCAAGCCAGAAUCCACCCGUUGCAGACUGCUUCUAGCCUCUCCAAAGAGCAAUGUGAAGCUUUGCACACAUCCAUCAAAGAGGUCAUUCAACAUGCGGUUCAAGUCAGUGCUGAUAGCAAAGAGUUUCCUGUUGAAUGGUUAUUUCAUUUUCGGUGGGGAAAAAAACCAGGGAAAGUUAAUGCUGUGGAAGUUGAUGCAGACAGUAGUCAGUUUCCUAGUAACUGGAUUUUUCAUGAUAGGGAAAAGAAGCCAGGAAAGGCCUUUGUUGAUGGGAAGAAGAUUGAUUUCAUCACUGCUGGUGGAAGGACAACAGCUUAUGUUCCAGAGCUGCAGAAACUUUCUGGGAAAGACGCAGAGAAAGCAGCCAAGGUUAGACCGGGUAAACGAGGUGUGAAAUCCAAAGAAGACGAUGGAGGUGGAGAAGUAGAUGAACAAGAAUCUGAAAAAGAAGAUGAAAGUGCUAUACCGAAGAAAGGACAGAAACCAAGGGGUGUUCGUGGUAAGAAGCCUGCACCAAAGACGAAAACAGAAGAGAGUGACGAGGAGGACGAUGAUGCUGAUGCUGAUGGUGGAGAUGAUAGCGAGGCUGAAGAGAAAGUUGUGAAAACGAGAGGUCGUGGUAGAAAGCCUGCGGUGAAGAGGAAACCUGAAGAGAAACCUACUAGCCAAGUUGGUAAGAAGCCAAAGGGAAGAAAAAGUUGAGAGAACCGAGUGGCUCCAAGAUGUUUUUUGGUGUGGGCAGCGAACACUUUUCCCAUUUUUUGUAAGAAAGUAUAAGGGAUGCCUAUUAAGAGUUUGUGAUGCUACUAUUGCUAGUUUAUUUUGGCUGUUACAAGGCUUUGUGAUUACCUUUUUCCUUGUUUGCUAGAUUUAAAAGUCAGAAAAAUGCUCGGAGGGCAGCAA